AUGCAGUAUGAGUAUGUACAUUACAAGGAACAAUUUUUUGCAUUGACAACAGAAGCUAUGCUCACAAAUUUGUAUUCACCAUAUGCAUUUCUCCAUCAUGGACAGGUUUAUCACUCUAGUUUCAUUGAUGAUGACGGGAUCACAAAAGCCUGUGGGUGUCCUUUGCUUCCACUCAAAACCCAUAUAAAGGGCCCAGCCCCAGCCUCAGAUUCAGAUAAGGCGGAUAUAGUUGAUGAAGCAAUAACUUUCUUCCGUGCAAAUGUUUUCUUCAAAAACUUCCAUGUCAAAAGCCCAGCAGACAAAUUGCUGAUCUAUCUGACAUCUUACAUCAAUAUUGCCUUGAAAAGACUAGAAACCUGCCGGACGCUGGCUGUCGGAACUAAGGCAAUCAUUAACCUGGGGUUGGAAAAAGUUCCUGUGCCUGGGGAACCAGGGUUUCCUUUCCCUGGACUUUUCACUCUCCCCCAAUCUGGGGAGGAAGCAGAACUGUUGAGGAACUAUCUGAAGCAGAUAAGGGAGGAAACGAGCGGGAGGCUGCUCAACUGCGCAUACAGAUCUAAUGGCACUCCCAACAAAUGGUGGCUGGCUUUUGCGAAGAGGAAGUUCAUGAACGUUGUCAUCCUUUAG